GGUUAUUUACAGUCUCGCGCAGUCGUCGAUAAGGACUUUCCCCAAAUCUUCUGUGUUUUUACACAUUAUUCUGGAAUGCAAUGGCUAGUCCGAGCAAUCAAGAUUAUUUCAGGUCCGCCAGUACUGAAUCGUCCGCAUAUAUGAUGGUUCCGACGAAGAAACAGCGAGAUACUCCCUCAAAGUUGUGGCUAGCCAUGGUUGUUCUCAUCGUGGUCGUACUCCAGAUAGCUUCGACCACUGCACUCUUCGUCUAUCUGAACAUGUCGAUAUCUCAGGUGAAGAACCAGGGUGUCACUGAGGAGUUGAAGUGCCUGAGCUUGCUGAAUGCCCUGGACAAACAGCAGGACAUCCCAGAGAACCUGGCCCAGCUCUUUGGAGAGCCCUGCAUGAAGCUGGCAGAAGGCAUCAAGGCUUACAUAUCCAAGGUGACUGAGAACAUCAUAUCGAAGCAGACAUUUCAAGAAGCAAGAUCCUUACCUCGUACAUUCAACAUAUCAGAGUCAAAGGUCGUCACUGCGGUCACACAGAGACCAUCUGCCCACCUAACUCUCCAAGAAAGCAGCCUACAGGCCCCUCAGCCGGACCUUCACCAGUCGUGUCGGCACCCGGUCCGGUCGUGGGGGACGCAGAGCUUCGGGGCCCACCUGCACAACAUGACCCUGCUGAGCAACGGCCACCUGCGGGUGCCCCAGGACGGCCGCUACUUCCUGUACUCGCAGGUCUACUUCCGCUACCCGGCCUCGCGCGAGGGGGAAGAGUCCAGCGUCAGCCACCAGCUGGUGCAGUGCGUGUACAAGAAGACCUCGUACCUGCGGCCCAUCCAGCUGCUGAAGGGCGUGGGCACCAAGUGCUGGGCCCCCGACGCAGAGUACGCCCUGCACUCGGUGUACCAGGGCGGGCUGUUCGAGCUGCGCGCCGGCGACGAGGUCUUCGUCUCCAUCUCCUCGCCCUCCUCCGUGCACGCCGACCAGUCCUCCAGCUACUUCGGGGCCUUCCGCCUAGACCUGUGACCCCUGACCCCGCGACCUCAGCUCUGAACCCUCGGGGGCGGGAGGAACGGGGAAGAGUUGUCACGUCCGAACGUUUGGGAUGCUGUUUGCACACCUGUCUUCGCCCCUUAUUCAAUGUCACACUUUUCUAUGGUGGAAGGAAAUACUGCGUAUCCAGAUGAAGCCUCUUUCUAAGAAAGAGAAAGGACAAAGCACAUUGUUGUUUAAAGACGGACGGAAUGUAACUGAGAGUUGGAUCACAUCACUGGUGUGGAAUGGUAGCAAACAUGCUGCUCGUUUACCCUAAGGGGGCUGGAAUGGAUGGACUGUACCACAGUCCUGUGUUUAAGGGGGAGUAACCUGGACAAACAACACUACCCUGCAGGGAGAUGGACUGGGCGAGAUAGUUUGAGUUUAAUGUAGCAUGUUACACGAGGAAACGAAAAGAGAGCAGGAAUGCUAUGAAGAUUCCAGAAGCGGGGAGAAAUAUGCGGCACUACCAGCCACCGCAGUGGGCUCAGGAAUCUUCACUGAGAAGAGGGCCGGCAUUCUAUUCUGCCAUUAUCUGGUCUGGCCCAACCUGCACGGUAGCAUACUGAGCUGGAACAGGAGAGCACUGCUGACUGAGAUGUUAUUCACACAGGGCCAUGUGCAUACACACACAAACACACACGUACACAAGCACGCACACACAGACACACAUACACAAACACACACGUACCCAAGCAUGCACACACUGACACAUACACAAACACACACGUACACAAGCGCACACGCAGAGACACAAACACACACAAACACACAAGUACACAAGCAUGCACACACAGACACACAUACACUCACUUUCACACACACACCCUCUCUCUCAUUUACUCACACAUACAAACGCACUCACACACACACACAGACACACACACGUGCGCACAUACACGUGAAUAAGAGAUCUGUGAUACAAGUGAGAGCUCAAAAGAGCAUGCCCCUCCUUACAGGUGGCUGACUGGAAAUGUCAAGCAAACUGAGUCAUCAUAUGAAGAGAGAGAGAGAGCUGUAAUCUAGACUGACACACAGCUGUUUGCUUUGUCACACCUAGUGUUCCCCAUUGCCUUUUGUUUCUUGUAAGCAUUCGUCUUGCUUUCACAAGCGAAAUUAGCUAUUAACCAACCAGCGGACCCAUUCUUUUUAGGGAUUCUUCCCCCUUCUUUGUAUUCUUCCCUCUGCCUUUUCUCAGGGGGAAUGUUUAUGUAAAUAUUAUAUAUGUACUGUGUGACAUUCAGGGACACUAAAGAAACUCUCAGUGCAAGGCUGUGUCUGUUUCCCAUUAUGGAUGGUAAUAAUUUUGGAAGAAGCAAAUUGUAAUUGAUAUCAUCUGAAUCUGAGCCCCAGCAGUCUGUGUAUAUUUUAAAUGUGCUGAUCCGCAGCGAUUUCCCAGAAUCCCCCACGUGCAGCUGUUUCACCCGGUGUGAAAGUGCUCCUCAGCUGGACCCUCCUUAGCAAUAUUGUAAAUAUACGAGCAUAAAAUAUAUGAGAGGGGUUGGGCCCACUGAGAAGAAACAACAGAUUUGUUAGGCGCACCAGAUACUCAGGUACUGUGAACUUUUUUCCUCUUUGCUUCUUAACUAACAGAUGUUCUGGGUGCUAACAGGACGACCAGUACAGUAGGGGCAUUCCCCCUAUAUUGUAAAUGCAACAGCCUUUAAGGAAAUGGCUGAGUAUCUGGUAAGCAUACACAAUCUGUUGUAACAGUCAGAAGGCUAUUCUUCUCUUCAUAUCAGUGUCAUGUGAUCAGGGGAAUUGCCGCUGUUGUGUAGCUCACUGUAUUGCUGUAUUCUUGGUAAAAAUUAAGUGGCUUUGAGCAGGUGUUUCCAAUUUGCCCCCAAUCCUUAAGGAAUUUCCUCUUUCUUUCCUCAAGUCAGCUUUGAACUAAUUGAAUAUCCCAUGAGGAAACAUCUGGCAACAGUAUAACUGUAAGCAAGUGUAUCGCUAUGUAAGUGUGUAUGUGUGUGUGUGUGUGUGCAUGUAUGUAUGUGCACACACUCAAAAAUCACAAGGGCUUGAUUUUUUUAAUUCAAAAGAUAAAAAUAUGACAUACUAUUGGUCAAAGGCUUUACUCCACACAAUAUUCAAUAAAAAAUAAACGCCUUUUAUUUAGUCUAAAUCUUGUAUUCAUCAGAAUAGGCACCUUCUGCAGUAAUAACAGCUGAGCAUAAUCCUGCCAUUUUUUUACACGGGCAGUUCUGAAAGUUCACACGGACACAGCUGUAGAAGUUCCCACAGAUGACACUUGUGGGUUGUUUCUCCUUGAACUUUCUGUCCAAACUAGCUUGAUUUUACUUCACUUAAUUUGUUCACCUGUUUAUUUAGCCAAAUAUGGCUUUUUUAUAACUCUUUUGACUCUUUUCUAUGACUCUUUGGUUACUAUCCUGUGAAGAAAAAUAUUUUUUUCUUGAGUUCUUAACUUGUGCCAUUUCAGGUCAUUCACCGACGGUAAACUGCUUAAAGUUCACUUAAUACAAGAGAACUGAAGCACAAGUGAAGCAAACUAAAACUGAGUUCGCAGUUUCUUUGUAUUUUAAUUUUUUUAAUCUUAAAACACAAACACAAACACACACACACACACACACACACACACACACACACACAUACUAUAAGUCUAUAGGUUUCACCCACAUUUUCAGGUGUAAUUGUCAAUGGUGUCUAACCUGGACCCUAAAUCAUAACAUGUAUAAACAUAAUAUUUGAAAAAUAAUAUUUCAGUGAUGAAAAUGAGUGAUGCACCAUGAAAAUACCUGGUACCUUUCCAAUGAAAGACUGAAUGAACUCUUGGGUGCAAAGAUAUUUUGGACAGAACAGAGCACAGAAGCUGGGCCAAGAGGAAUACAAAAUGGAUCACAAGUUGUGGCGAUGGUUGGUACCAAGGAAAUACUGCCAGGCAUCCGUUUUGUUGUUAUAACUUGUCAUUACUUUUUGCGGGUGUUUUUAGAAAGAAUAGGACAUGUGCUACAUGUGGUUUAUCAUUAGGGGUUUUUCUUUCUCACUUAAAAAUUGCUGAAAUUGAGCACAUUAGAGAAAAAUAAUCUGUUAUGAAUCACAAUUCUGUUCCCAGUCAAUACAAUCUGAGUUAGCUCAAAACAAAAAAUACACCAGGAGCCACUGCGUUAUUUCAGGCUUCUUGAGAAGGUGCUGCUCAAAUUCGCUAGAGCUUUUGAAUUACAAGUGUCCCUUUUCUAUGACUCCGACACUGUCCAUGAAUGUUUUAAUUUGGAGAAAUGAAUGUACAGCGCAUAAACAUAUGUAUUGUUUUCUGAAUGUUU